AUGGACGACGGGAACUCACAAGUUAGAGGUCCAGAGCUGAGGCUCCUGGUGCUGGGGCCCAGCCGCGUGGGGAAGAGCUCUCUGGGCAACCUGCUGCUCGGGCGCCAGGCCUUCGACACGCGGGGCGGACGGGGCACCGAGGCUGCCCGGGGAGAGUGGGAGAAAGAGAAUGAGGCGAGGAAAAGGAGGAGGAGGGUGUCCAAAAGUGAGAAGUUGGAGCUGCUGGGCGCUCUGAGCCUGUGUGACCCGGGGCCCCACGCCCUGCUGCUGGUGCUCCCCCUGCUGCACUUCAGCCGGCGGGAGAGCGCCGCCCUGCAGGCCCGCAUGGAGCUGCUCACCCCCCGGGCCUGGAGCCACACCGUGGUGGUGUUCACGCUGGGGGACAAGCUGGACGGCGGACUGGGGCGCACCGUCCAGCGGCACCUAGAGGGCGCUGGCGAGCAGCUGCACCGGGUGCUGGGCGCCUGUCGCUACAGGUUCCACGCGGUGAACAACAAAGCUCCGGAGGACAGGGCGCAGGUGGCCAGGCUGCUGGAGAAGGUGGAGGAGCGGGUGAUGGAGAACGGCGGGUGGCACUUCUCCCUCGUCAUGUACUGCCGCAUGGAGGAGGAGUGGGCGCGCCGGGAGAGGGAGGCCAAGGAGCGCUGGGAGAGGGAGUGGCAGGAGAAGCGGCACGAGGCGUCUCUGAUGGACACAUGGCUGCGUAUGGACACAGUCUCCCGCCACUCCGGCAGGCUGCAGCCAAUGGGCCCCACACUCAAGCCAGUGUGCCAAGGCUGAGAUGCAGUGCUCAAGCAGCUUACGGAUCUUCAGACUCACUCAGACGCUUGGAGGCGUCACACACACUGGGUUGCCAAAGGCGUGUUCUGGCCCUGAAUCCUGCCUGGCUACCUUUGCCAGCGUUGGCUGCUGACCUACACUCAGUAAUUACGAUCAACAUCACCACACCGCCCACCCCCCCAACUGCCCAGAAUUCACUCGACCAGAUCUACCCCCGCCAGUCAUAAUUUACCAUUAGGUCGGCUCUGCCGCUCGGCCCCUGCAUGGACUCUGGAGUUGGACCCACUCAGCAGCAGACGCUGCGGCUGUGAUGGACAGCAGCUCCACUGGAGCCGCGCCAGAAGGUCCUCAGGUCUGUUCCUAAACCGCCUCGUCUUACUGGUGCCUUUACAAGCUGCCUUCAGAGCAUCGGAGACUCCUCACCACCACCUCACCUCUGAGCAUGUCAAAAAAAAAAAACAGGUGGGCUUGAGCUCCCUGGGCUCCACGGACGUUUAAGUGUGCUAAUGUAUAGCUGCCGCUUUAGUGCUUCAUCUAUACCAUCCCUCCUUUUCAUUUAUUAUGCCGUCAGCGCUCC